UCCUCAAUCACAUUUCAUCUCAGCCCUUCCUCCUCCUUUCUUUCUUACGUUUCUUUUUUCUUUUUUUUCCACUCCCACAGUCUUUUCGUUUUCCCUUUGUUUCAUUUUCAAUUGAUCGGUUUCUCAAUAGAUAAAUAGGGGGUCGCACACACUCCAGAGGGAAACGAAUCGAAGUCGAUGGAGGAGAUAUGAUCGAGGCUGGCAGGAACGACGGCAAGACAAUUCAACGGAAAUGGAAUUAAACGCAGACAGACCAAUCGAUUGAGGUGGCAGCGGAGGCAAGGUGCGGUGGGCUUCACGAAGCAACUGGAUGAGUUUGCUCGGGAGAUCGGCGAGGUGGUCAGUGUAGAAGGGAGUGACAUGGGAGAGGAACAGGGCUCUAUCAGCGAGGUCUUUGGCGACGGUGGGGUACUUUUGCAAUGUGCUAUUUUUGGUUUCCCUUUCACGCUUCAGGCACGAGGCAAACUGUCUCUGGAAUUUCAGAUUCAAGAAUGGCUAUAUAAUAUGGGUAAUUUGUUGUUUUGGGUUUCCCUUUCACGCUUCAGUGACGGUGUUGUUCAGGGCCCUCUGAUCAAUGAAGCUGCUGUCAAAAAGGUUGAUGAGUCCUUAAUUCAUGAUGCUACAUCGAAGGGGGCAAAAAUAAUUAUUGGCGGUAAACGACAUAGUCUUGGACUCACUUUUUAUGAACCAACAUCGUUAGUGAUGUCCACAAUGAUAUGUGCAUAUCUAGAGAGGAAGCAUUUGGACCUGUUGCGCCCCUUUUCAGGUUCAAAACUGAAGAGGAUCCUAUCAGAAUUGCCAACGACACUAACGCAGGAAACAAACCCGUUGGAUUAUGCAUUGAAGAAAUUAACAUGGGAAAACCAUCUGCAGCAAGAUGAUAUAGCCAAGGCAUAUCAUGAAUGUAUUAUGCUUGGACCGGUGAUACAGAACCUUGAAAACUUAGUCAGCUAUAGAACUUAGUAGAUUAUGCAGUAAGAAGAGGCAGAAUUUGGAAACUAUAAAGCCUUUGAAGCUGAUCUGUGUGCUCUCUCCAUCCUAGGGAAUAACCUUUCAAAAAGGAGAAGCCUCUCAAUAAAAGUGAAGCAGUUGAUGCUUCUAAUUUGCAUUGAAGAAAUUAACAUGGGAAAAAGUACUAGAGUGGAAGCUUUUUUUCAGGCAUGUUUAUAUAACUGCAAGCGUUCUCAUUCUUCAGUUGUAGCACUUGCUGCACUCAGGUCCACAGAAAGAUCAAGAACCUGGAAAAAAGAACAAAUAAGAUAUUAUGAUCAAGAAAAACAAAUUCAGACUUCCACUGCUCCAUCACAUUUUUUUUCCCCUUUGAUAUAAUCUUCUAUUGAUGCAACAUUAUAUUUUAGGCAAGAUGCUUUUGUGCUUCCAAAUUAUUGUAUAGUUUGUUAUACACGUAUAUGUAUAUAAUUACAAUUAUAACUGUUGAUUUUCUGAUUAAUGAUUAUAACUGUAGAUUUCCUCA